AUGACCGAGGGAAACAUUGCAUGCUGGAAGGUUAAAGAGGGAGACUCUUUCUCAACUGGUGAUGUCCUCCUGGAAAUUGAGACCGAUAAAGCCCAAAUGGACGUGGAAGCACAAGAUGAUGGUAGAAUGGCGAAAAUAACACAAGAAGCUGGAUCAAAGGGCGUAAAGGUUGGCACUCGGAUAGCUGUGUUAGCAGAUAUCGACGACGACCUGAGCACAUUGACUCUUCCAGCCGCAGAGUCCGCCCCAACGCCCUCGGAACAAGAAAAUAAAGCUAGCAUUAAUGCAUCAAAGUCAUCAGAAUCUCAUGCUAGUGCAUCACCUUCCUCAAGAGCUGAAGAUUCUUCUACAAAACCCUCGAACCCCCCUGCGCCCUCUACCUCCCCAGGCAGACCUCAAAAACAACUUUAUCCGCUGUACCCAUCGAUCGCUCAGUUACUCCAUGAGAAUGGUCUAUCCAGCUCUGAGGCAGAUAAAAUCCCCGCUAGCGGACCCAAAGGCCGAUUGCUAAAGGGAGACGUUCUAGGAUAUCUGGGCAGAAUAUCCUCAACAUACUCCUCCGAACAAUCCACGCGGAUCACCAAACUUGGGCAUCUAGAUCUCAGUAACGUCAAGCCCGCUCCGUCCAAAGCAAUGGCACUAUCUCAACCAAGCAAAGCCCAAGCACAAAAAAGACCGGGCCCCGAACUCGAAUCGACUGACACGGAAGUUGCCAUUCCUAUUUCUUUAUCAUCGGUGAUAUCUGUCCAACAACGCAUCCAAGCGACUCUAGGUGUUACCCUUCCCCUCUCAACAUUCAUCGCGCGCGCUACAGAGCUUGCCAAUGACGACCUACCACGCUCUGCGGCUACGAAACCAACAGCUGACGAGCUUUUCAAUGAUGUCCUCGGGCUGAACAAUGUCAGCACAAAGACCUCGAAAGCCAGGUACGUCCCGCAGAUCACUGCGUUGCCGACGAAGCCCUUUACGGAGAGAGCUGGUCCGCGAAGGCAACAAGACAUAUAUGACAUAUUGACUGGCGGGUCAUCUACAACAGCUUUGACCAAAAAGUUCGGAAUACAACCGCCAGGUAUGAUGGCUGGUUCGAAGACAGGAGAGUCGACAAAUGUCUUUAGCGUCAGUGCAGCGAAGGGAGAGGAGAAACGAGCGAGAGUGUUUUUAGAAAGGAUAGUCCAUUCCAAACCCCAGCUACUGUACUCUGUGUAG